AGGCACUGCUGUUUCCAGAAGCUGAUCUCAGAGCUGUCCCAAGUGUUCACGAGAGCAGGGAACGUCGCUCAGGCAGAGCAGGCAGUUACUCGGCACUAUGUGGAAGUGUCUGGAACUCUCAUCGCAGCCCUGAGGACGGGAACAAGCCAGCAGCUGGGAGCUGCCACCGCAGAAGGGGAUGGCAGCCUUUGACACCAUUUCCCAGAGCAUUCUUCUAGAGAAACUGGUGGUUCCUGGCUUGGAUGGGAACUGUUUUGGAACAGAGCAUUCACAGCGAGCGACGCUGCGGCCAUUGCGGAGGGAGGGCGGCCGCCAGGGCCAGGAGCCAUUGCGGGGCGGGAGCGCUGCCGCCAUGAACUGCCUGGUGCUGGGGCUGCUGGCUGGGCUGCUGCAUGGCGCCCACAGCGGGGCCACCGAGCGCACCUUUGUGGCCAUCAAACCGGAUGGGGUCCAGCGGCACCUGGUAGGGGAGCUCAUCGGGCGCUUCGAGAGGAAGGGGCUGCAGCUGGUGGGGCUGAAGCUGCUGCAGGCUUCGGAGGAGCUACUCAAAGAGCACUACAUCGCCCUUCGUGACCGUCCCUUCUACAGCCGGCUGGUGAAGUACAUGAGCUCUGGGCCCGUGGUGGCCAUGGUCUGGCAGGGCCUGGAUGUGGUCAAGACUGUUCGCACGAUGAUUGGGGAGACAGACCCCGCCGAAUCCAGGCCUGGCACCAUCCGAGGAGACUUCUGCACUGAAGUCAGCAAGAACGUGAUCCAUGGCAGCGACUCGGUAGAGAGUGCCCAGCAGGAGAUCUCCCUCUGGUUCCGCCCGGAGGAGCUGACUUGCUGGGACAACACAGCUGAUCAUUGGCUCUACGCGUGAGCAGAGCAGCUCGAGGGAAGUACAUCGUCCUGCCUGGACGCAGGGCAUUUCUGUCCAUGGCAUAGCAGCCGCUCGGGCUGGCUGUGGUGUCGCGUGCCGAGGGGCUCCUGUUCUGCGUGUGGAUGAGGGGCUCUGGGGAGCAGCUCUGUGUGUGUAGCUGCAGCCCAGCUCCCUGCAAUAGCAGCCAUUUUUUGAUUUCUCUCUCCUGUGGUGUUGGUAUUGUUGCUGUUUGCUGCAGCGCCUUAAAUCCCAAGUAGAUGAUUGACAGGCUGGAUCCAUGGGCCGAGGCCGACGGGAUGGGGUUCCACAAGGUCAAGUGCAGGGUCCUGCAUUUGGGUCAUGACAACCUCAAGCAGCUCCAGGCUUGGAGAAGAGCGACUGGAAAGGCCCCGGACGUGCUGGGUGACAGUGGCUGAGCAUGAGCCAGCGGUGGCCCAGGUGGGCGAGAAGGCCACCAGCAUCCUGGCUGGGAUCAGCCAUGGGGUGGCCAGCAGGAGCAGGGCAGGGAUCGUCCCCUGCACUCGGCGCUGGGGAGGCUGCACCUCGAAUCCUGGGUCAGUUUUGGGCCCCUCACUCCAAGAAAGACCUUGAGGGGCUGGAGCGCUUCCAGAGAAGAGAAUGGAGCUGGAGAAGGGUCUGGAGAACAGGGGUUGUGGGAGCGGCUGAGGGCCCUGGGGGUGUUUAGGCUGGAGAAGAGGAGGUUGAGAGGAGACCUCAUCGCGCUCUGCAGCUCCUGGAAAGGAGGUUGUGGUGAAGUGGGUGCUGGGCUCUGCUCCCAAGUGACAAGUGAUAGGACUAGGGGAAAUGUCCUCAAGUUUCACCAGGAGAGGCUUAGAUUGGAUAUUAUGAAAUAUUCCUUCAUGGAAAGGGUUCUCAGGUGCUGGCAGAGGCUGCCCGGGACAGUGGUGGAGUCUCCAUCUCUGAAGGGAUGAGGGUCCAGAGGAGGGUCCAAAAAUGAUCUGAGGGCUGGAGCACCUCUCGUACGAGAACAGGCUGAGAGAGUUGGGGUUGUUCAGCCUGGAGAAGAGAAGGCUCUGAGGAGACCUUAUAGUGACCUUCCAGUACUUGAAGAGGCUGCAAGAAAGCUGAGGAGGGCCUGUUCACAAAGGCUUGUAUAAACUGGAGAGGUGCAGAGUUAGACUAGACAUUAGGAAGAAUUUCUUCCCCAAGAGAGUGGUAAGACAUGGGAACAGGUAGCCCAGGGAAGCUGUAGCUGCCCCAUCUCUGGAGGUGUUCAAGGCCAGGUUGGAUGGGCUUUGGGCAGUCUGAUCCAGUGGGAGGUGUGAAACUGGAUGGUCUUUAAGGUCCCUUCCAACUCAAACUGUUCUAUGAUUUUAUGAUUCUAUGAAAAGCUGUGUGGAUGUGGUGCUUAGGGACAUAGUUUAGUGGUGGGGUUAGCAGUGAUGAGUUAAGGAUUGGAUGCAAUCAUCUUAAGGAUCUUUUUCAACCUAAAUGAUUCUGUGAUUCUGUCAGUACACAGCUUCACAGUAUGGAAAAUCACAUCUGCCAAGCAACUCUGCCCCUCUCCAGUUUACACCCACUGCCCCUCGUCCUAUCCCCACAAGCCUUUGUGAACAGCCCCUCCCCAGCUUUCUUGUAGCCCAUUCAGGUACUGGAAGCUGCUCCAAGGUCUCCUCGGAGCCUUCUCUUCUCCAGGCUGAACAACCCCAACUCUCUCAGCCUGUCCUCGAACGGGAGGUGCUCCAGUGCUCAGAUCAUCCAUGUAGUCUCCUCUGGACCCAUUCUAACAGCUCCAAGAAUGACACAGUUUGUCUUCUCUCAAGAUUCACUGCUGGGUGAUGAACCCCCCUGACAGCCCAUUCCACCCCCAGCCUGCACUAGGGAGAGCCCUUGCUGCUGAGGACCACAGCCAGGAGCACGUCCUGCCCAGAGCAGAGGGUUUAGAGGGCAGAGGAAUACUCAGCUCGUGCCCAGGUGCAACUCCUACUCAUGUGGUCCUGCUGACA